AUGGGAGUGCAACCUCUACAAGAAGGGGAAGAUAUUGUUGAUGAUGUAGAGUAUGAUCGUGAGGAAGGGUGUAUGCAAAUAACAAUGGAAGAAAACAUAGAUGAUCAUGAUGGACAGGAACAAUCUGUUGACAUGGAUGCCUCCACUUCCCAAGUAAAAUCUUCUACAAAAAAGGGACGAGGCCCGUCUAGAGCAAUCCAAACAACUACACCCAUGUUCCUCGAAUUUGAUGAGUUUGACAUGCCUAUUGGAAAGUGGGAAUCUGCUUAUGGGAAGCAAAUUGGUAAUUGUGCUCAAAGAGUUAACGUUAAUGUGAAGGGAUAUCCGAAGUAUGAUAAAGUUCAAAAGCAAAACUUGUGGGAGGAGAGUAAGCGGAAGUUCCACAUUGAUGAUCCCAAGGGUAGUAAAGAGAAGAAGUUCCACGAAGCUUUUGGUGCUAGAUUUAGGAAGCACAAGUCUUGGUUAGUUUCACGAUUCAUUACUAAGGAAACUGCACCUCCGCCUGACCCACCAAUUGCAAACAUUAAGCCCUGGGAGCUUUAUGAAGGUUACAUCACAGAAGAGCAAUGGAAAGAGUUUGAGACAUAUUGCAAUACAGAUGAAUUUAAGGCUCUGAGUGAAAAAGGCAAGGAAAAUGCAAAGAAUAAUAAGCAUCGCCACUAUAGGGAAGAUUUCAAGCGCUAA